AUGGGUGAUGAUACAACAAUAAUUGCAAUUGAUGAAAUAAAUCAACGUGCUUAUCAAUCAAUUAAAUAUAGUUUUGAUCCAAUACCACAAAUAAGUUAUGCUCUACAACAUCUUCCAUAUGCAAUUCCUAAUACUCCUCAAUCGAAAUAUUAUGUACAGUUAUUAUUAGGUGGUGAUGCAUCAAUGGCAAAUUGUGAAUAUACAGCCUAUUGGAAAUAUGGAGGAUAUUAUUUGAAUGUAUUUCCAUCACAUUGGAUGAAUGGAAGUACAUUUGAAAUAAAAAAGUAUCUUAAUUUUACUUAUAAAAUGAUACAUUCAAAUAAUUCUUCUUCAGAUGAAGAUUAUUGGUAUACAAAUGAAAUAUGUGAAACUGAAGAUGGAAAUAAACCUCCAUGUCAAGAAAUCUUUUUUAAAAAAAAUACAGAAAUUCCUCUACGAUUAAAUCAAGUUGUUUAUCGAGGAUAUCGAUUUAUACAAACAACAAUAAAUUAUAAUGUAAUAUCAAUUGGAAAACCAGAUGAUAAAUAUUUUAAUUCAAUGCCAAAAGAUUGGCCUACUAAAUGUGAAGAUGUUGAUCUUGGUCUUACAUAUUAUCCACAAUCUGCAACAAUUAAAUUAAAUAAAAGUGCAGAAUUUCAUGUUUCUCUUUCUACUCCACCACAUCAAAUUAUUGGAAAUGGUACUGUUCUUGUUCAAUGGAAUACAACUGAUUGUAUUGAUUGUUUUACAUUAUCACCAAAACAGUUUACUUUUAAUAUGAAUAAUUUUCAAGAAAAUCAAAUAUUAACAAUAACUCGUAUUAAAAAUGCACCUCGAUCAGUUAUUAUUCCCAUUUUACAUGGUGAAGGUUAUGAAUUUAUUCCACCAGAAAGAUUUCAAAUUUAUAUUGAUUAA